AUGGAGACCCCACUCCCUCAUGGAUGGAAACCUCUCCACCUCGACUGCUAUGACGGCACGACGGACCCCGAUAAGCACAUUGACCUGUACACAACCCAGGUAAACCUCUACACUAAUAGUGACACCAUUCUGUGUAGGGUUUUUCCGACCUCGCUCAAAGGAGCCGCACUCCACUGGUACACCCAGCUACCCGCCGGGUCCAUCGACAGUUACAGCCCCCUGGUCCGGCGAUUCAUGGCGCAAUACGCCACAAGCCGACCUCAUCACACAACCUCGACCGCUUUGGCCAACCUCAGGCAGAAUUACGAUGGACCUCUACGAACCUUCAUGGAACGCUUCUCCAGCAUCUCGGUUCGCGGAAAAGGUCCAGCAAAGUCAGAACAAGGGCAUAAGGACAAAAUAAAAGUCAACAACGACAUCCAGUUCAAGAAGUCAACUAGGGAAAACAAAGGAGGGAGAUACGACUUCUACACUCCCCUAAACGCACCUAGAGUCCACAUCCUGGAGGAAGCCAGCAACAGCACCCUCCCCCCCCUUCCACCACCAGGCCACACUCCCUACAGCGCCGACAAGUCCAAGCACUGCCGGUACCACAGGAACCAUGGUCACACCACGAAGGAGUGUCGCACACUCAGGGAUCGUAUCGAAGAACUCAUUCAGGUAGGCCACCUCGGCCAGUAUGUCUAG